AUGAUUGAUAAUAAUAAACAUUUAGGUGUAAAUACAUUUGUUGCUAGCAGUCAUGGAAAUGAUCAAUGCGGUACAAACGGUUUGCCAUUGACACCGAAUUCAACGGUUAUUAUCGGACGUUUUCAAUAUUUGAAAACAAUCGAACAUUGCAAUCUUUGUCGGUACAUUGACAUUCGAAAAGGCACACAUGAGCGAUUAUUGGUUGUGAGUGAAUAUUAUGAACGAAGUUUUGAAUCGUUGUUAAAUGAGAAGAAAUUAUUGAGUGUAGAGCAAAUUCAACAAUGGACUCAACAAAUUCUUUAUGGAUUAAUUUAUUUACAAGAAAAACGUGUACAUGUCAGAAAUUUAUCGCUGAAAAAUAUUCGAUUAACACAAUCCGACCAAACUAUUAAAAUACAAAAUUACGGCUUAUGGCAUAUGACACAAUAUGGAACAUGUGUAUCAUUUCCUAUUGGAGAUCCAUUCUAUCUCGCACCUGAAUGUUUUACAUUGGACUUAGCAUUCAAAGCACUUAUUGCUGCUAGUAACAGUGCCUAUGAAUCGGAAAUUAGUGAUCCUGCCAAUGCUAAAAGCUGUGUUUGGUCAUUGGGUAUUAUUUUACUUGAAUUAUGUUUGGGUCAAAGAUUGUAUGGUUCACAGCCGAUUGCAGUACCAAUGUCAACAAGCGUUCGAUGUUUGAAAUUAAACGUUCGAAGUGCAUUGGAUAUACUUUUACGACAGAAUGGAUUGGAUCAAGACGAACGUUUGAAACGAAAUACCACCCAGUUCUUUUUACCAAUGAUAAGAAAAUGUUUGAGUGUUCAAGUUCAAGAUAGACCAACUUUUGUUGAAUUGUUGCGAGACUUAGAUGCAAAAUCGUAUGUGUCACCAGUUCAACGUUCACUCCAACUGACUUUAUUCAAUGGUGUCACGCCAGUUCUUGAUCAUAAUUUAGAUUUGAGUGAUUUCAAACAACUCGAUACUAGUCCAUUUCGAUGUCGAACGAUCGAUCAAAUAUAUUAUUUAUGGAAAUUGGCAGGUGGUGAUCUAACAACUGUGUCGAGAAAUGCUGGUCUUAUUAAAAUUUCUCCAUCAAUUAGUAAAAUCUCCAAAUUUGUGACUGAUCAUGGCGAUGUCUAUGGACUUCAACGAGAUAUUAAUACUCUAUUCGAUGAUACAUCUUAUGAACUUUCAUUAAAAGAACUCGAAAAUCGAUUUAAUGAAAUGCCAAUUGAAAUUCUUCAUCCAUUACUUGAAGGAGGUGAUUGUGAAUUUGAACAGCGUCAAGAGGAAUUCGAUCAAAUGUACGAACGACAACCAUUGGCUGUCCGAGAGAAUGAUUUUGAAUAUCAAUUUCUUCGUUUAACUUUGUUUGAACGUCUCCUUGCUUCGUAUCCGUAUCAAAAACAACGAUUGCAUACCGAAGCACGAAAAGAUAUUCCGCCCCUCUAUCGCGCAUUCACUUGGGCAGCUUUACUUGAAAUAUCUAGUAAUGUUAAUGAUGUGUACAAUCGAAUAAAUAAAGAUGAUAUUGCACCAGCUGUUAUUCGUCAAAUUGAAGUUGACAUUCCACGUUGUCAUCAGUAUGAUGAACUCUUAUCUUCACCGGAAGGUCAUCAAAGAAUGAAAAAUGUUCUCAAAGCGUGGAUUGCUAGUCAUACGAAUUUAGUCUAUUGGCAAGGUCUGGAUUCUUUGUGUGCACCUUUUGUUUACUUGAAUUUCAAUAAUGAAGCACUUGCAUAUGCUUCCUUAACAGCGUUUAUACCCAAAUAUUUAAAUAAUUUCUUUUUGAAAGAUAACUCAUUGAUUAUAAAUGAAUAUUUAGCUGUUUUUUCGCAUUUAAUCGCAUUUCAUCAUCCAGAUUUAUCGAAUCGAUUAGAAACAAUCGGAUUUAUUCCAGAUCUUUAUGCAAUUCCAUGGUUUCUAACUGUUUUUGCUCAUGUAUUUCCAUUGAAUAAAAUCUUUCACUUAUGGGAUAUGCUUUUAUUAGGCGGCUCAUCCUUUCCGCUUUGUAUCGGUGUAGCUAUUUUGACACAAUUGAAGCCUUUAUUGUUGAAAGCUGAUUUCAACGAAUGUAUUCUCUUAUUUUCCGAAUUACCAGAAAUCGAUAUUGAACGUUGUGUUCGUGAUUCAAUUGAUAUAUUUGCUUCAACACCACGUGCAUGUACAUACCGCGAACAUGCCAGUGAUGUACCUAAUUAUCAAGUCAACAAUGAACUCGACAUGGAUCCAUUUCCAUUAGCUGACUUGAAAUUCGAGCGGUGUCCGCGUAUUUCGGCAAAUGAUGUAAUUGAAUUAAAUGAUUUAAAAGCACCAACAGCAAGUUUGAAAACAUCCAAACUUCUUCUCAUCGACAUUCGUUCGCCCGAUGAUUAUAUCAAAUCAGCAUUGCCAGCAAGUGUCAAUAUCGCCUAUGAAAAAGCAUUUGACAAUCAAAACCGUAUCAUCGAUACACGUUUGCAAACCCUACUCGAUCAGCAUCGUUCCCUAGUUAAAGUUGUUAUUGGAAAUAAAAAUCACAAACAAGCAGUUGAUUUCACCAACAAUCUGAUUAUGAAUAAUGCUUCACGGGUUUGCUUAUUACACAAAGGUAUCGAUGUUUUCAAAACGACAGGAUUACUUUAUGUACCAACGCCAUCCGAUCUUUCUUAG